AUGGUUUGGUUGGACUCUGAAGAGAACGACUACCGGAAACAAGUCAUCCCUCUCGCCGAACACCAGCCUGCCAUCGGCUUUGCUAUCCUGGCAUUCGUGGCUCAGCACGGUUCUAUGAGCUGCUCCAACAAAGCCAUCGCAGCGAUGGCGGAGGAUGCCCGAGACAAGUGCCUGCAACUGAUCAAACUUCGGGCCCAGCAAAUGACGGAUAAGCUCAUGAAAGGGCUGGAGCUAGACGAUCAUUCCGAUGCUGUUGAUGCUGAGUGGAUGCUUGCGGCCAUCCUUAUCAUGACCAAUUACGACCGAUGUUGUCCCGAGGUAGCUGACGAGCACAGAAGAGCUGCCCGCACCAUCGUCAAUCUAUUCAACAGCUCAAGCGCUAUUGAAGAACGACAACUCUUCUCCUUUCUUCGUAAUCAGCUCGCCAUCGACGAUGUGACGACGGCAAGCACUUCGUUUGAUCGAUCUUUGAUUAACAACGCAAUCAAGCCCGUACCGGGAUCGGACUCUUUGCUCUUCUCGAGGUAUCUCACGUUCUUGCACCGAGUUACACUCGCUUCGGUUGAGGUUGUCGAGACCGGUUCCUCCAAUGAAUUCCCGCCGCACUCACGGACCACCAAUAUGAUCCGAUCGGAGUUCGAGCAAGCUCGAGGGUCCACCUUGAUGGCAGCCAGCCGGCUCGGCCUCAAUGGGUCAAGGAUGACCCGCGACUUCGUUCGUCUGGUAGAAGCUUACCACAACGCAGGACUCGUGUACUCGUUUCAAUGUCUGGAAUGUGUACAUGAAGAUGGCUCCGAGCGAAUAACAGCAUGCAACAAUCUCUUCGAUCAGCUCACAGGAUUUGAGGAUCAAACGGCAUUCGUACAGAAUCUUGCUUGGCCAACUUUCAUUGCUGGUACAGCAUGUCAUGGAAACAAAGAACGACAGAAAACUAUACUUUCUUUGUUCACCGCGAUUCAUCAGGCUACUCGAUUCAAUCAUUACAGAGACGCGGUCAACUUCCUAGAAGAAUUCUGGGCUGGUUCAGAUGCCGAUUGGCGACCGCUUGCCCGGGCAACAGAAGCGUCCGGAAAAAGGAUCCUUGUCGUUUGA